GAAAACUCUUCCGAGAGACCAACGGAAUUCUCUGCACCUGGUCCUCCCCAUUUUUCUUUUUAAUUCAUCUUAUACGGAGUUAAAUUGCAUUUACCAGCAAUGAAGCAGAGCGACCGUCGGAUAGGUCAGCCUGAGUCUGACGGCAAUGAUCAGGUUUCAUUACCUCUCAAUUCGGCAUUAUCAGCUCCCUGGGACUUUCUAUGUCCCACAAAGGAGCUGCAUACAAACAUAGCAGAUACUGCUAAGCUUUUCCUGGAUUCGCUUGCUUAUUCAGUGAGUGAUUCACAGACGACUCGCCAGCGAAAUCAAAGGAAGCGCAAGAGAACUGAAGAUGAUCAAGAUGCCACUUCGGUUCUUCGACUUAAACAGCUAUAUGUGGAUGGAUUUACUUCGGAUCAAGUUUGGGAGCAAGCUUUAAGAAUCUUUGAUUCAGCCAACCAAGAGAUAGAGCGUGAUUAUUCUUUGUGGGUGGAGACCGUACAACAACCCGCUGGGAUGGCGCAAAAGGGCUCAAAGGAGUCUAGUCACACAUUUAUCCAAGAUGAAGACUCCGAAAACAGUGAGCUGGCUCACGACUCGGGGGAUGUCACAGACCAAUCGAGUGUAGAUGAUGAACAACCCGGAUCGGAAAGCUUCUCGGAAGCCGGAGACUUCUCUCAGGACGACAUGGGCUCGAAUGACGAUGAAGAGCAUAAUUUGGAUGAUUGUUCAAUCUCUGAAAAAUCAGAUGGGAACGGAAACGAACAAGAGACAUACACGGAAGAUCGCUUUGGGUUGAAUGAUGGUUUCUUUUCCAUCGACGACUUCAAUAGGCAGACCGAAUUAUUCGAACAACAGGAUGCACGUGGUGAUCUAGGUGAUGAGAGUGAUGAGGAGGAAAUAGAUUGGCAUAAUGACCCCUUAGGUGCUGGGGCCAUCAAGAUCCCCUCGAAGCAAACGGCCUCAAUAGGGGGUAAACUCGCCGAUGCCGAGGACGUGGAUGAUAGCGAUGAAGAGGAAGGGCCUACAUUUGAUAAUAUGGAUUUCCAGGAUGAAUCUGACUUGGAGAAUGAUGAUACCCAUGCUGCCGCUCUGGGAGGGGCAAGCUGGGUCAAUACAAGCGAUAUCAUGUACGCCGAUUUUUUUGCGCCACCGCCCCGAAAAGCUUCAUCCAAGAAGUCACGCCCUCUUCCGAAGACUCAACCAAACAUGUCUAUUUCCGAUAAUGAUAUUGAUCGUGCUAUGGCAAAUGUUCACCGUGAUUUAUUCCAGGAUGAGCCAUCCGGUGAAGAUAGUGACAACCCGAUGGAUACGCCUGACGAUCGGCGCGGUCAACACUCAACUCACGAGAAGCAGCGUGCUCGUAUUGCGGAUGAGAUUCGACGUUUGGAAGCUGCCAAUGUGGCAAAGAAGGAGUGGAUGCUUUCUGGAGAGGCUAGGGCAAUCGAAAGACCGGUUAAUUCGCUUAUAGAGGAGCAUCUCGAUUUUGAAAGGAUAGGGAAACCGGUGCCGGUAGUCACAACGGAAAUAUCCGAGGGCAUUGAAGAGCUUAUCAAACGCCGCAUCAUCUCCAAAGAGUUUGAUGAAGUUAUACGGCGUCGGCCUGGGUUGCCCGAUCAACAAAACACCAAAAAAGCGCGAGUUGAACUCGAAGACAGCAAACCGCAACAGAGUCUUGCAGAGUUAUAUGAAACAGAUCAUCUUCAGGCUAACGAUCCAAAUUAUGUUGACCCCAAGAACCAGAAGCUUCUGAAAGAACAUGCUGAGAUUUCUAAUCUAUGGAAGGAGAUAAGCUCUCAGUUGGAUACACUUUCGAAUUGGCACUACAAGCCUAGAGCGCCACAAGCAAGCAUAAAUGUGGUUACGGACGUGGCGACGAUCACAAUGGAGGAUGCGCAACCUACUACUAGCGGCGCAGUGCGUGAAACUGCAACUUUAGCACCACAGGAGAUUUACGCACCAGGGGACGCCACCCGAGCUGCAGGGGAGCUAGUUAUGAGGAAUGGAGUGCCGAUCACGAAGGAUGAAAUGUCUCGGGAAGAGAAAACCAAGCUGAGACGACAGAAAAAGCAAAGCAAAGCAGGCACUGAAGCCUUCAAGCAGCAGUCCCGAAAGGCGAGUGAAAAACAGCAAAUCGUGUCAGACCUCAAAAAGGGGGGUGUAAGGUUGAUCGGCAAGGAAGGCGAAGUGACCGAUAUCAAUGGUAGUAAAAUUGUCGGGGCCAGCAAUAGAAAUGGCGCUCAUGCGAUGAAACUAUAGAGCUCAUGCUCAGAAUUCGUCUUGUUGGUGUUGAGAGAACGUUUUGUUCCUCAAGGUAUAAAUCUUCUGUAUUUUAUGCUACAAUUCACAUGAAAAUUCCAACGUCUCGUAUCUUUAGU